AUGACAUAUGUCGCUGACAGGGUUAAAUUGAAUGAUAGAAGUUCGGGCCUGUCACAGAACUCUCCGAGUCGUUUGAAAUUCCACAUCCACUGUCAUCAUGACCGCACCAUCGAGAGACGCCAGCAACAUUCCUACGAGGACAGAGGAAGGAUUAUCCGCCUCGGAAGGAAUAUACCGCUUCCUCCGACCUUCUCUGACCCAUUCGAACAUCGAGUGUACCUGAAAUUUCGCCUGGCUCAAGCAUAUCGUAUCUUUGCAAAGUACGGCUAUGACGAAGGCGUCGCUGGACGUAUUACUGUCCGAGACCCUAUCAGAUCAGAUUGCUACUGGGUCAACCCCUGGGGUGUUCACUUCAAGCUCAUGCAGCCUGAGCUCCUCCUUCUCGUGGACCACGAAGGGAAAAUACAGGAAAAGGAAUCUGGACCCUCCCGGUUCCUCAACCAGGCGACAUACAUGAUCCAUUCGGCCGUUUAUGAGGCUCGCCCAGAUGUUGUCUGUGCUGCGCAUUCGCACACCAUACAUGCUAAGGCGUUCAGCGCCCUCGGGGUGCCCCUUGAUCCCAUUACUCAGGACAGCUGUGCAUUUUAUGAGGAUCAUUCUCUAUAUAGCGAAUUUCGUGGCAUCGUCGAAGACCGCGAGGAAGGUCUGGCUAUAGCGACUGCUAUGGGUCAAAACAAGGCUGUUAUCCUCCAGAACCACGGGAUCCUUGUUGCCACCAAGUCGAUUGAAUCUACCGUUUUCUUUUUCAUGUCUUUGGAAAAAUGCUGCCAGGUUCAGAUGCUAGCGGACCAGGCCGCCGCUGCUCGUGGCUUGAGACCGUGUCUUAUUGACCCAGAAAAUGCGGCUCAAACGCAGAAACGCCUUGGAUCUGAAAUGGGGGGCUGGUUCAACGGGAUUCCAGAGUUUCAGCUCUUGGAGCACGAAGAAGGAAAAAGAUACCUGCACAGAAGGAAAAUAUGUAGCUGACCUAUUUAUCAAU